AUGAAAGGUUGGCAUACAAUGCACGACACCUCAACUAGAUGUGUGCAAGUUACCAUAUGUUUCAACGACACACUUUUGAGAGGGCCUCAAGCUCCUCUAUGUGAGCAGCAGCAUUAUAGCUCAGCCCUGAUUUAUCUCAUGUGGGCAAUGGACUCCAUUUCCGACCUCUUUAUAAGAUGGCCAACCAUCUUCAAGUUAUAGAGUGGUUAGAAGACCUGCAGAUGAUGGCAAUGAAGGCCAUUGGUUCUACUUUCCCUAGUCAUCAUUGUUUUCUCUAAUGCAAAACUGUCUCUCCAGCACUCACUAGCUAAAUGCUAUUUACCCAUGUGAUUGGCAUUGACGAUCCUCCCCAAUGCCUACCUAACCUAAUCCAACAAAAUUAAGGGAAGAAUACCAAUCUCAAACAAACUGAGGUAUGUCCCUUUUAAAAGGGUGCAUAUACCUUUGAGAUGUCAUCAUGUGACGCCUUGCUCUCGUAAGGUUGUUAGCUACAGUUCUGAGGUAUUGAUAAGCCCGUUGGCACCUGCUCCCUUCUCACGGCUGUUAGACUGUUCUACCUGAUAUCCCCUGCUCUGUCCUAUGGUUCUUGAAAAAUCAAUGGAUAUUGGCAGGUUUUCUGUCCUGCUCUAUAUAUGUACGCCGUUGAUGCCGAGCGUGCCGCUUAUGUUGGUUUGGUGUUAUUACAACAUGCCACUUGCCAUUGCUAAGAAAAGCAACCCCGAACCCAUGCCACAAGCUCGGCAACAUCCCACAGCCUCCUCUGCAAACGAUAACAUAAAGAACUCUGGAAGAAGAUCUUCAACGAAUAAGGUGUAGUUCUUGGGGGAUUCCCUCUCUAUUUAAAUCUGUUCGAAUAAUAAUGAACAGUUUGACAAACAUCUGACGUGGGCUCAUGUGUCGGCUUGACGGCCUUAUCUUUCAGCUGGACCCACACCCCGACAUGUUGAUCUACACUUGAUGACGUCAUCACCAGCAACUGUCCUCGAGGAUCCCUCGCCCAUUGGGCGACAUCUUUUCGUGAACAAGGGACAUAUCUAACAUGAGUUCAGCUGCUUAUGGGCCGGAAGAGAUAAAUGGUCCUUCGCAAUAGCAUCUAGGCUUCCCAGGCCAAUAACGCCUCAACUAACAAAUUAGAUGGUCUCGAGUCACCCUCUCGUAUUCGCACACCAACGAACGGCUAGUAGGCGACCGGACGGCGCAGCUUCCCCAACGGCCGUCUUCUUCCCCAUGAAGUCCGCGGCUAUUUAGCGAGGCUGAAGUUUCAGACGAAGGCUAAGGAUCGAGUGGAAUCUAUACUGAGCACUUCGGAGGAGGGGUAGUGAGAGAGAAAGAGAGAGAGAGAGAGGAAUGGGGAAGUACGAGGAUGUGAAGUUACUUGGCGAUUGGCCGAGCCCCUUCUCGAUGAAGCCGAGGAUCGCCCUCAACCUGAAAAAGGUGGACUACGAGCUCAUCGUGGAGAAGAUGAACCCCAAGAGCGAGCUUCUGCUCAAAUCUAACCCCGUCCACAAGAAGAUCCCCGUCCUGUUGCACAGAGGAAAACCAGUCUGCGAGUCCCUCAUCAUUGUGCAGUACAUCGACGAGACAUGGACUUCCGCCCCCCCAUCCUCCCCGCCGACCCUUACGACCGGGCCAUCGCUCGCUUCUGGGCGGCCUACAUCGACGACAAGGUAACUUGGGGUCACCAUUGGCUCGAACUGCCAUCGAUCCCUCCCUCAUCCGCGAUGUGAUGUGCUCCUUCUGUCUCGAUUCUGACUUCGAUUGUCGACGCCUCCAGUGGGCCAUGCAGGUGAGGGAUAUUAACAAGGCGAAUACAGACGAGGAGCGGGCAGCCGCGGCGGAGCUGAUCUUCGCCGGGGUCCAGCUGCUGGAGGAGGCCUUCCAGACUUGUGGCAGGGGGGGAACUGGUUCGGCGGCGACAACGUGGGGUACGUGGACAUCACCCUAG